GAAAUUUUUUCAGACGGGAGCGGUCUCACUACAUAGACUACUGUGAGAGUAAAGAGCAAAUAUCCUACCGCUCCUAUCCAUACUGCCGAGUGGAAAAGAACUAAACUCUCGUCUAGCGUAACUACCCGCUAUUAGCACUUCUUUGCUCUUUGCUCUUUGCUCGUCCACUCUGAACGUGCACUUUUUGCUCUUUGCUCUUUGCUCUUUGCUUUUUGCUCUUUGCUCUUUGCUCUUUGCUCUUUGCUCUUUGCUCUUUGCUCUUUGCUCUUUGCUCUUUGCUCUUUGCUCUUUGCUCUUUGCUCUUUGCUCUUUGCUCUUUGCUCUUUGCUCUUUGCUCGUCCACUCUGAACGCGGCCUAAGGAUGCUUUUGUAUGCCUUCUCUACUCUUCUAACACUAAAAUAUGUGCAUUUAAAUCAGCUGACCACCUUUGAAUUUUGGUGUUACAGAAGAAUCCUACGAAUAUCAUGGAUCCAAAGAAUCUCAAACGUGGAAGUGACUGGAAGGAUAUGAAAUGAAGAAUAUUAACUAUCAAAAGGUUCAAACUUGAGUAACUAGGAGAACUUAUUAUGCAAGGCAAAAUCGAGGAAAGCGCAAUGUGGGAAGACGAAGAAUAUCCUGACUUAAGAACUUGAGGGAAUGGUUUGAAUGCAGUAGUGCAGAACUAUUUAGAGCAGCAGUCAAUAGGUUCCACAUAGCCAUGAUGAUUUUUAACAUUCGAUGGAAGAUGAAACUUGAAGAAGAAUAAUCCCAUGUAAGUUAACAUGAUAUCAGUACUGAUCUGUCAGAUAUUAAACGGUGACAAGACCCCAAGAAAAAGCUUUCUGAUGCAAGAAGAGAUAAAUAAUUCUUAUGUAGCAAAAACAAGAAUAGAGGAUAUUUUUCUUAGUUAUCUAAACUACACAAAUAAGAAGGCACUCUGCAAUAACCACCAUGGUAGGAAACAUCAUUUUGGUGCGUUUGAUUGUAUCCCUGUGAAUAAGUAGAGAUUAUGACAGAAUUUGGCAACUUAUGUUAGAAAUUGUCAAAAAAUUAACCAAUAUAUUACAUUUUUACUAACGGUUAUCAGCUCUGGACAAGCACAACAACAAAGAUUGAUAAAAUCGAAAGUCGCAAAGAUCAAAGAAUGGGAAAAUUUUGCAUAUAAAAUUCUUUAGUAGUGUGUUAUAAACUGGUCGUCUUGCAGCCAAUUGGCUUAUGGUACAUCUUUAAUUUAUUUGUGAUAUCCAUUCCAGAAUAGACUACAGAUAUACCGACCUAAUUACAAAUAUAUAUGAUAAGGCAACAACAACUAUUAAGCUAAUGAAACAAACGGAGCCUAUUAAAAUAAACCGAGAAGUAAGACAAGGAGAUACCAUCUCGCCUAAGCUAUUCAACCAAGCGCUAGAAGAUGUGUUCAAACAACUACACUGGGAUGGCUUGGGUAUAAACAUAAACGGGCAAUAUCUGAAUCACUUACGAUAUGCUGAUGAUAUUGUAUUAAUAACAGAAAGAAGUGAAGAAUUUCAAAGAAUGAUGGAAGAACUAGAUAGAGAAUCGACAAAGAUAGGACUGAAGAUGAAUUACAGUAAAACAAAAAACCAUGACCAAUCAACAAGAAGAACUAAUAAUUACAGUGGCACAAACAAGAAUAGAACAAGUGAAAGAGUAUAUAUAUCUAGGACAAAUCACUAGAUUAAAUAAAGAAAAUCAAACCGAAGAAAUAAAGAGAAGAAUAAGAUUGUCCUGGGCGUCACUCGGAAAACUGUCUUAUAUUCUAAAGAAGAGAAAAUACCCGCAAUACCUAAAAACAAGAGUAUUCAAUCAAUGUAUAUUCCCUGUUCUAAUAUAUGGCUCUCAGACAUGGACGUUUACAAAAGAAAAUAUGGAAAAAUAGCAAAGACAGAAAGAUCCAUGGAAAGACAAAUGCUGAACAUUAAACUAUCAGACAGGAAAAGAAACGAAUGGAUCCGUAACAAAACAAAAGUGGAAGAUGUCUCUACCCCAGUAGCAAAGCUUAAAUGGAAGUUCGCCGGGCACACCCUAGGGCAGAAGGAUGAAAGAUGGACUAAGAUGAUUAUACAUUGGAAACCGUGGAACCACAAACGAAAAAGGGGAAGGCCACAGAUGCGAUGGUCGGAUGACCUGAAGAAACACACUGGGUCAAAUUGAAUACAAAUUGCCCAAGAUAGAGAGGCAUGGAAGAGGGAAGAGGAGGCCUAUAUCCAAGGAUGGAUGUUUAGGGCUGAUAAGAUAGAUAGAUAGAUCCAUUCCAGAGAGGGUUUAGAAAAAAAUCGAUCGAAUAUAACCGACCAUUGGUCCUGGCUUUCGUAUAUGUUCGUAAAGCGUUCCAUACGAUAGAAAAUAACAGCGUAAUGAUAUCGUUGGAGAAAAGUCGUACAGAUUAUCGGUACUUGAACUGAUCUCGUAGGUAUAUACAAUAAUACACCAUGACCGUGCACGUAAGACUGCACAAAAUAAAAAAAGUAUAAAAAUCAAAAGAGAAAUCAGACAAGGAGACACGUUAUAUCUCAAAACUAUUUAGGGCAGUUCUGAAACUUGUUUUAGAAGAAUUGGAGUGGGACGCCAAAGGGAUCAAUAGAGAGAUUUUAAGCCCCUUAUUUCAGUUACGUUAAACGUUAUACGUUAUUCUGCUCAUGCGCAUUAACCGCAAAAUAACGUAUUACUUUAUUAAGGGAUAAGGUAUCCCCUUAUUUAGGUAGAAAUAAGGUUGACGUUAUUAAGGGAUUACGUAUUUGUAAGGUUGCCAAAUGCCAUAUAUGUAAAUCAUAAAAAACAAAAAAAAGUCAUAUAAGCGUAACCAAAGAUAACUAGAAUAAAAAAUAUAGUAAUGUUGUAUUAAAAUUUGUGGUCAAAAUUUGUUUUUCUUAGAAGGAUCAGUUAAUAAACAAAUACUAUAAUCUGCUUGGCAACCCUGUUAAUGUUCUUGAGAUCUGUGACAUUUGACUUGACUGAAUUCAGUUCAAUUGUCUUUUGUCUUGUGAAUUGUCUCAUAGAGAAGGAAGUGACUUAUUUCUUGUUAAAUAGUUAACUGGCUAUUGUUUGUAUUUUUUCAAAAUGGAACAAAAAAACUUUGUAUUAAAUAUGGAUAUUUUAAGAAAACGUCAGAGGUUUUCGGAUCACGACGAUUUAACUCUGUUAAGGGAAGUUCUGGGAAAUAAUCCGUUCGUUGAUCCGAAUGCCUGGAACGUAAUUCAGGAGAAUUUGUGUAGUGUUACUGGAAAGCAGUUUAGUACCAGAACACUAAAAGAUCAUCUCGACAGACUAAUAAGAUCAUGGCUUCAGGAAUACAAAAUUUUACGUAACAAAUCUGGCAUAGAAGUCACGGAAACAGAAAAAGACCUUCUGUGCCAUAACAUAUACCUUCUGAUGAAUGAAUCAAAAGCUCAAAAACCAAAAAGAAAUAAAAGUUCAAAUUUGGUAAAACAAAAAGGUGUGGAGGCACGAACUAAAUGGGCAUUGCUGCAAAGUACAAAUUCCGACAAUGGUGAAACUGAAACUAGCAUAGGUCAUGCAAUUAACCAUGAUAAUGCUGAUGUAAUAGAAGUUAUAGAAGAGGGUGAAGCCGAGAUGCAGACCUCUCAUAUCGAAUAUAUCGACAUGGAUGCAAGCUUCCCAAAUAUUGCAAAUGAUAAGGCCCAAAUGCAACAAAGUAAUGAAACCCCAAAGAUGAAGAGGGAUAUGGACGAAUUGCCUGGUCCUGGUCCAUCACAAGGGUUUAGAAUAGCAGGGCCCGUAAAAUCAAAGUCGAGAAAAAUUAAUAGCCAGAGGCAAGGUUUAAAAUAUUUAGAAAAAUAUGACCAAGAACAAUUGGAAAUCAAAAAAGGUGAAAUGGAUCUAGAGAAGAGAAGAUUAUCUUUGGAGGAAAGAAAAUGUGCAUUAGCUGAGAGACAAUGUGCUCUAAAAGAGUAUGAAACCAAAAAAAAAUGCGAAUUAGAAGAGAAGAAAUUGGAAAUUGAAAUAGAAAAUACAAAAACAUUGCAUCAAAUUAUAGAGAGACAGGAGAAAAUAAUUAAUUUUUUAAUAAAUAAAUCUUAAUGAAA